GCAAUUAUUGUUACUGGAAUACAGCAAAAUGUCGGCUGGAAGAUACGUUAGAAACCCAGAUGAAAGAUCGUCUGAUGACGAUUCUGAAUCUGUUAGUUCAGAAGAAAAUGAAACUUUGACGGAGAAAACGGCGAAAAAUAAGUCAAAAGAAGGUUAUGAAAUGUCGUCUUUGCGUAUUAAUCCGUUGAUGUUAAUUGACCAAUUCCCAGAAGAUCCAACAAUGGAAAUAGCUAGAGAAUUUUGGAUAGAUUGGAUUGCCAUGCUGAAGCGAAUUUUUAAGUUGAACCCGAAAGCAUUUAACUCGGAUGAAAUGCAGAUUACAGUUCUUAUUACUCGGGGUGGAGCAUUUUUGCGUAAUAUCCUUUUCAACGCAAAAUAUGUAUUUCCGAAGUCAUUUGAUGAAGCAGUUGAGCGAAUUGAACAAGUUUUUAAAGUUAAUUCGAAUCAUUUGGCUGAUGAAACAAAUUUUGGAGCAUUAAGACAAGAAGAGGACGAAUCUUUUCAGAGAUAUUCAGAUCGAGUUCGGAAAAAGGCGCGUGCUUUUGGUUUCGAGGAAAAACGUGUGAUUGCAAAAAUAACUCAGGGUGCAAAGCAAAAAGAGAAAUUAAUGGAUUUCGGAAUAAGAGGAAAAGCGUCGCUUGUAGAAUUAAUUGGUUACGGAAACCAGUUGGAAGUUUUGACGCGUGGUAAAAAGAUCGAAACGGAGAAAGAUAAUUUGCUUACAAGUGAGGUCAAAGGGAUCAGAGUUGGAUCGGCUAAAAGAUUUCGGUCUUACGAACGUCAAAUGAAACAUUAGGUCGAGUAAAUUGCGGUUGCAAGGAGACAAGAGCUUUGAAGUAGACUGUUAUAAGAUUUGUGAUCAAAUAAAUAGAUAUUUAAGUGAUAGUUGGUUCGCAUUCAUUUAUUAU